GAAUUUCGCAUCUCAUCGUUCUUGGUACACCGUAUCUCAUGCAGCGGUUUAUCAAACUUCAACGAGACUCACCAGCGUUGCUGAGAAUGAUCUUCGAACGAAGCAACCAUCUUUGGGAUUUGAUAAUCGUCUUUAGGACUCGUUGUUGGUUACGGCAGUCGGCAGUUGUCAGACGUGUUACUGUCGAUCGUGACAUUCAUGACGGCGUUUGACAAGAAACGGAGGUUUCUCGCUAAUCCAUUUGAAUACAUCGAUGUCGUCAUUUCCCCGACAAAGCGAAACGACGUCGUUGUUGACUCGUUCGAGCUUCGACUUGGACCAGGUGAUCGUCUCGGACAGGUAUCGAUUCGGCAAAAAAGUACCCAUUUCGACCCUAUGUCGAGCUUGUGUAUGAUACACGCAAAGGAGAGGGAGAAAUAGAGUAAGAUAAGAAGUAAAAGAGAAAUGGUCAAUUUUGCAGGGGAUCGAAGGGCAAAGCAUCGUCGAAUAAUAACCGACAAACGACGAAAAGCAUACAAGAUUUCUUCGAUGAAGAAAAUGACCGCGAUUCAGACUCGGAAUCCAAGUUGUACGUGGAGUAUGAAGAGGAUGAAGUAGAAAGAGAAAGCAUCGCGCGAAGACAACGAGCGAAAUCCAUCGACGCACCACGUCACGUCUUAUCCUUGGUAAGGAAGAAACAUAGUAUUUCAGUUAGCGAUAAUCUAAUUCGGUACUGUUGAACGUUCGAUGUUCUAGGUGGAAAGAUGGCGCGAAUGGCAGGUUAUUUCGCUGUAAAGUAAAUCGAGAUAAGCGACGAUCAUUUGAUUCGCGUUGAUGUCUGCGGUGUAGCGACGUAACGCGGUUCGACCAACUUUCGAAUUCCAAAUCAGCCGAUCUAGUAAACGCGUUGAGCCGCAAACGCCGUGGCCGUUUCCCGAAAGAAACCGAACAAUCUCGAUUCUAUUCAAUCUCGAUUAAUUUAGAAAAUGGCAGCGGCCGCAAUUAUAGCGCGAUCCAAAGACACGUCCCUGAAAAAUCAGAAAAAAAGGAAAGAGGACCAAGCUUCGCCGGAAGAAAAAACAGAUGAGUCCGCUGUGAAAGCAGGAAUCUUCGAUGUAGAUAAAAUUAGUCGGAUGGAGGAUAUCAGGGAUCUUAUGAUAAAAGACAUGCAAGAGGAGAUUCGUUUGGAACAAUACGACACGAAACGAAGAACAGAAAUGGAAGCGGAAGAAGCGACGAUCCGGCAGAGACAGCUGAAGCAGACACGCGUCAUACUUUCUCGACAUUGGACAGCGUACGCGAAUAACAUAUUGAACCUGAAACAAGAAGAGAACUGGGCACGGUACAUGACUUGCGAUGGUCUACCAGAUCCUGGUUCGUUGUCCGACAUGAAUACAUUCUUGUUUCUCUGGCCGUUGACAGAUAAAGAGCCGAGUAUGAAUACCAUAGAGGAUAAGUGUCGAGUGAUCACACACGUAAGUAAAGAGAAUAAUUUGGUCAAUCGGUCGAUAACUUUCAUGAUUAACUUUUAUCUUUCAGCUGUUGAGCAAGAUCGAUCGGAUUAUUCGCUUCUCCACGAUCGACUCGAAGGAAUACGUGAUCGAAUGCGAAUCGGUGAGUGGAUCUCGAAGAAAUCUCUCUUCUUUUCCAACGAUUGUCACUUUUAUUUUCGAACGCCACAGAUCGCUACUAAGCUUCGAAUGGAACUUCAACGGUGGAUAGAUCUCGCGUGCUACCGAUUGCUACGUAAUAUCGAGUCUAACAUGAUCAGAGAAGACAUGAAAACUACCAGAUACGUUCGUGCGACGAACAAAGCAGUGUGUUGCGUUUGGGCUCCUAUUCCGUUGCCGAUAGGACUGAAACGACAAGGAGGGGAUAUAGAACGAUCGUCGUUAAUCACACACGGAAAGUCGAUCGAAAUAGAAUUCGAAGAAAUGAAACUGACGAUUAAGAUGCCGAGCGAUUUGGACUGCCAUCGUAUGGCGAUUAGAGGUCUUUGGCUUGCUUACGAUCAUUACUCGAUCGAAGCUCAUUCCUAUCGCAUGCCCCAACUACCAGAAAAUUUGUUCGAUCUGUGGAAUCCAUCGUUAGAUCUUCUGGAAUACUCGACAAGAGAGUACGAAGAAAAGGUUCGAUUACGCGAAGAGCAAGCGGAAGGACGACGUUUACGUCUAGAGGAAAAGAAAGCGAUACUGGAAAGAAUGGAAUAUCCUCCGGUUUCACCGCGGCUGGAUAAGAAAAGGAAACGAGGUAAAAAGGAGAAAAAAGCACAUUCGGCGAAAGAUUACCAGUCGGAAUUCGAAUCCACGUUGGCCUCGGUGUUGCCUUCGAAAACGGAGCUAUUACCCUAUUUGCCGACCCCGAACGAGAUACUUGGUCAGAGAGAAGAGGAAGCAAUGUCGGAAAGCAGAAAGUUACUCUUUACUCGAUGCGAAAAUACAGAAGUGAAUUUGCGAAAAUAUAGGAUCCUCGGUGGAGUAUUUCGCGUAGAUCUCCUCUACCAACCGCCACAACCAAAAGAUCUCGGAAAAGAGACUUAUUUAACUACUCUUGAAUUACCGAAGGAGCCGAAAUUCGUACCGUUUCUUAGAUCAUACGAGACACCUAAGGCACCACUGGAGUCCGAGAGAACGCCGGAAGUCAUCGAAGCUGAAAUGAAAGCUCUGGAACUAGCGAUGGAUGCGCUCGUCUUGCUUACACUCAAGCUGCCUGAUUCGGUGUUCUGGUUCGAACCACCGGUGGUCGCCCAUUGGUUACCAGAGAAAGAAAUGUGGUCAACGAAACACGUACACGAUGUUAAAUUCAACGAAGAGAAACAAACGAUCACGUUUCGUACCGGAAGAUUAGGAAUUCAUGGAUUAGCUGGCUACAAAUACGCGAAUCUUCCGUUUCAAAGUUGGGAAUUGAAACCGGAAAUGGGAAAAAGCGGACGAGAACAUGCCGGGGUGGUUCUCAGCAUUACAGCUGCCACGAUUCAAGCCGAGUUCGUUGUCAGGGAAGAUCGAGUUUGUUUGAACUCACUUACCGGUGCCGCGUCUACACCGAUUAAGGAAAUUAUCGGUGAAUAUUUCGAAUUGGAAUGUUUGAUCGAGCGAUUGCAACAAGUUGGUUGCGACCUCUUUCCGGAACGGGACGCUGCCAGCUAUUUAAAAGGACUCUCGAUCAAACACCCGAUCGCUGAGAAACACUUGAGAGAGUGCAUGGCUCUAUUGUCUACCUCCUAUAUUUUUUCUUGGUCACGAUGGAACGCGUCUCGCAGCUUUCGAGAAAUAGUUUUGCAAUUUAAAGAGGUACACGGUUGCGUGGCAAAACAGCGUACGAACCUGACGGUCUUGGUAACAUCUUCGCGGACAAUGCGCAUACGGUGUACCGAGGUCAGUUCCGAAUUCUCCGACUUACCACUCGAUGACGUCGAAGACAUCAAGUUUUACGCCGACCUUUAUCAAUUGGCGUUAAACACCGCUGGGAUCAAGACUCGACUACUGACGGAACAGAUGUCGUAUAAAUUAGCGUCGACGGUUACUCAACUUCUCGAACGUACCAACGUUAUCAGCAUGUCCUCUUAACUCGAUCGAGCUGCAAAUAAGGACACUUGGCUGUCGGUGCAUCGAAAAUGGAAGAAGGGCAAUAAGAUUGGAUGACGAGAGUUCGUUUCCCAAACGAAAUUCUCUUUAUUCGGAUAUACAACGUUAUGUCGAGCAUCAAGCGAUAUUCAGGAAAUAAUAAACGCCUCCGUUCGAUCAGUUUGUCAACGAUAUAUCAGUUUGUAAAACGAUAUUUCGACUCGAAGGAAACACACAGCGAUAUCGAGCUUAUAGUUAAGCGAUAAAGAGUUAAUCGAUGCGCUUCGUCGUUGGGUCGAGGGUCGAAUGAAAGAGAAUGAGGUAGCAGAAUGAUGUAAGGUAGAGAUUGUGCGACCGAGUCGGUUGCUGGAAUGCUCGGGACGAAGGGCAAGAUGUGGAGCAAAAUGUGUGUGCGUGUGCGUGUGUGGGUGGGUGGGUGGUUGAGUGUGCGUGCGCGCACGGAUCAGAUCGAUAAAGUGUAUAACAGGCGAUACACAACGACGAGGAAAUGAUAUGACAAGGAAGCGUUAAAUCUGUACGACUGACAGAGUCCUUUACUGCGGAUUUGACUACGUGGGCCUAGUCAGUCGAGGUUUCCGACAACGAACGGUUUGUGUAUUUGUGUGUAUGUAUAUGUGCUUGCUUGCUUGUUUGUUUGUUUGUUUGUUUGUUUGUCUAUCGAUAUCGUCAAUCGAAAACGCUAUUACUUUUCGAACGGGGCUCGUUCGUUCCGUUUUCCCUUCGUCCGUCUUUUUCUAGUCUUUGUCGAAAAAUACAACUUAUUUCUUCGAAUCGAUGUUUCCUUCCACCCCACCCACCUGUACAGAUGGAUACACCUUCCCAACUUGCAGUUUAAUUCUUCUCUUGAUUUUUAGAACAAACAUUACGUGCAUACGCAAUAGGAAGCUAAAAAAUAUAUGUAUAGUGUUGCGCGCUGCGAGGGCCGGACACGCGUGGCGAGCAGUCUUCACUUCGGUACACAACCGAACACGAUCGAUCGCAGAAAUUUCUUUCGCCCCUUCGUUCAUUCGCCCGCUCAUGUAUUCAUGUGUUCGUCCGUUCAUUCAUUCCUUUGUCCGUUCGUUCGUCCCUUCGUUCGUCUGUUCAUUCAGUCGUUCGUCCAUUCAUUCGUCCGUUCAUUCAUCCAUUCGUUCCUUUGUUCCUUCGUUCGUUCGUUCUUUCCUUCGUCCGUUCGUUUCUCCGUUUGUUCGUUCGGUCGUCCUCUUUCGCACCCAUCUUAUCUUCUCUUUCCUCUUUUGCUUCCGUUGAGUUCGUUUGCGCUUACUUCUUCCUCCACCGAUCGACGGAACCCUGUUCGUCCUAUGUAUCGUUUGCACGCGUACGAUAUGUAUACUCAUAGUCGCGCGCAAUAUGUCAAACGAUAACGCUGUCACGAUAAUCUUUUUUUUCCACUUUUCUUUUCCAUUCCGAUUCGGACGAUCGCGAAUCUAGCGUCUGCGACGUUCCCUACUUGCUUAUUAACCUUUCUAUAUUCUCAAACACAUCAGCAUCCGGCUCGCCAGCUAUUCCAGCAUAACUUUUUCCAUUACCUCUUUUCUUCUUUUACCUUCGUUCGAAACUUUUUGUUUACAAGCUCGACGAUGCUUCUCCUUUAAGUAGGUGUACUUGCAUUAUGACCACCCGACUACGUUGUUUCUUCGUCAAGUUAUGCCUGAACUACGCGAUGAGCGUUUAUCAAUCUCAAGAUUAAAGACUUGUAGUAGUCGAUGAUGAAAUGGUCGAUGCGUAAAGUUCAACUUUCGAUAAAUUUGCGAAUCAGAAAACAACUAGAGGAGGCGACCUGCCUUCCCUUUUCACGAUGUUACCGAUCGAACGAAAGACCAAGAAGAAAACGAGACAGUAAUAUCGUUUGACGCGGUGCGUCGUACGCCGUGUCAAAUGAGUCCCGCGUGUCGGCUCGCUCUCGAUCCGACGCAGAGGCCAACAACUUGCACUUCUCGACUCGCCACUUCGCGCGAGUUACAGCAGGGUGAAUCGUGUCGAGAACAGAGAGGUAAUACGGAUAGGCGAUAAAAUACCGACUAUGAUCGAACCUGAAUAAGUAUCGACUGGAUUACGCUGAUCGACAUCGAGUAGCGAGCCAUUCUCGCGCGGGAUCGCUCUAAAAUCCUAUUAACGCUCGUUCUAUCGUUAUCGCAAACUGGAACUUGACUCGCAAGCUGCUUACGAUUGAGGUAAUCCAUGGUAUAAGGCCCAAUUCGCAUCCAGUUCGAAUUAACGCGUACUUAGUUUGUAUACACUACGCAAUGUAUGUCGACGAUUCGUUUGACUCUCUAAAAUAGGUUUUAGAAUUAGCGCGCGUUCCAUCUGCGUGAGAAAACACAGAUUAAAUACCAAACAUGAACGAUCGAUCGCUCGAACAACGAAUCUCUGGCGCCACACGUGAAUGAUCUUCAUCCACGCGAGAAGAGUAUACGGUAGAGAUAAUCCGUCCGUUGCUUCGGCUAACUCGGUUUCCACUGACACCGGCCGCCGAUCGUUGUUGCUGUCGCGCGAGUUUCGCGAAAGCUCCAUCGACCGGGAUCGCUCGAAAUUCCGAACGAUCGCGGCGCGUUGGAGCAAACGAGAAAAUCGGAAAAUAAAAUAGGGAGAAGAAACGCUCGAGGGCUGGGAGACACCUUCGAUCCGUCGUUCGCGUUUACUUUUGGCACUUUUUCUCCGAUUAUGGGGCUAAUUUUCUAUCUGAGCGCGCGUAAUCGCGCCAACAGGCGUUCCAUCACGAUCGACCAAACGCGAUCGAGCGACAUACGAACGUAUAAUAUUUAUAAACGCGCUGCGAACGCGUUCGCUUAACGACUAAACGCUAUGGAUCUGGUGCAUGUGACACUCCUCUGGUGCAAACGUUAGCUCGGACUCCGACUCGAAAGAGUCGAACAGGAGUCGAACGAGUCGUUUUAGCGCAUUUCUCUCUUUUCUUACUUUUUUCCUUUUCUCUCUUUCCUUUUUUUUUCUUUUUUCUUUUU